GUUUGGAGUGACCAAGAUGGCAACUUGGCAACCGAGUUCUGGAUACCUAUCAUGAGGAAUUAAUAUUCAACGAAAUCAAGGAAAGAUAAUGAAAGGAACACUGUUGCAACAAUAGGUAACAGUGGACAGCAGCAAUAAAAAAAUGGCAAAAGUAGAGUUGUGUGCUGAUCCAUUAUCCUCCUCUACCUCUUCUGCCAAGUUGCCGGCAUUGCAUGAGGGCCGGUGCAGCCUGGUGUCAGGGGUGCAAACAGGACAGGCCCCAUCCCCCAGGGAGCGAGCGCUGGGAUGGGCAGCAGAUAUCAGGAACAGAAUUGAUGCUAGUAAAGAGGAGAAAGAUGAAGUAGGAGAAGAGGAUGUUGCAUCUUUAAAACAUGAACUUAUCCAAGUCUUCAUAUGCUCCCUCCAGCAGGACAGUCGGAUGUCCUGGAUCUUCCUGCAGGAGGUGCUGGAACUAUUACCACCAUACAGGGAAUGUCUCCGCUACUGGGCGGCACAGUCAGAGUUCCACCACUAUCUGGAGCGUAUUGUCAGCCAUGUUGAGUCCCACAAAGAGAGGUUCUUUGAUCUGCAGCUGGUUGAUGCUCUGUCCAAGGUCUUCCCUGAGGAACUUGAGCUACUUCGUCGCCGCGGCGCCUUCCCAGCCAAGCUAUACUGUAGUCCUGGUGUCAAGUCUGUCCCUCACUCACCCAGGAAGUCAUCAAGCAGCGUUGUCAAACUGAGACUGCCGGACGGCACUAACCCAUAUUCAGCACAUGUGCUUAAUGAGGAGGAGAUGAUGCCCUCACAGAAGCUGACUAUUGGAGACCUCGGGCACUCGCUGGGGGAUGUGGCCCUGGAGAUGGCGGCACGCGAGUCCAUCUGGAGCCACUGUCUGGGGACCACAGCACUUGCACUCAGCACCCACAUACCACAGCAGCCCAAAUCACCAUCACCACCGAGUAGCUUCAGGUCAAGGUCAGUGUCCCAGAGUGUGACCUCACCGCGGGAUAGUGAGAAGAAGACGCCACGUAAAGAUGUCAUCCAGUCAAUACAGGAAGAAUAUAUCCCAACCAUGAAUGGGCGAGAGGCGGUGGAAUAUUUUGCAAGAUGUCAUCAUAUUGGCCAGAUCAAGUCCAUCCACUUCAACCUGUCACCUAGCAGGCACUACAGGCCCUACGACCUCAUCUCUGUACAGAAAAACAAGGCCAACAGUGAACACUAUGUGUUCUCCACAUUCGGUGUUCUCCAUGUGUAUGAACACCUGCCCAAUGAGAGCCUGACCCUGGGGGAGUGGCAGAGAGAGGCUGUGUUAUGGAAGGCCCUUUCAUCAAUACCCUUCUUCAAGAACUAUCUCAUCAAGAAAAUGUUUGAUAGAUGGCGCACCAACAAGUUGUACCUUGACUACCUGCGGAGACAGGAGAUGAUUGCCAACGGCCUCCUUCAUAACAUCCCAGCAUUUGGGGCAGGCCUUCUCCAGGUGUCAAGACUGCUGAAGGAAGUGAUCACUAUAAACUUCUUACCUUUUGAAACUGACAAAACCUACCAGCUGGGGGAAUAUGAGAACAGCAUCAACUACAAGAACAUCCAGGCAGAUAAACUCUUGGAAAGAUUCUUCAGCUACUGCAAGGUGGUGGUGGAGGUGACAGCGGAGGAGUCGUUCAAGAAGCUGCGAUAUUGUGAGGAACAGGUCAAGAAGAAGACGUUCUUCUCCAAGGACUCUCUGCAUCUCCAGCGCACCAAGAAGGAACAGAGAGAGGAGAACCUUCGCAUCGCCAAGAGUGAGACAGGGCGCCUGGGGAACUUUGUGAAGCUGGUGGACCAGCUGAUCGUGGAGCACAUGUUUCAUGUGACCAAGACGCAGGUCAUCAGCUUCGUGGAGAAGGUGCUGUGCAUCAGUGAUGCUCCAAGGGAUGGAUUCUUCAAGGCCAACCUCGUCUUCACAAAACACGAGGUGUUGGGUUUGUCCCCUUCCAAGGAGCGUUUCCAGAAGGCUCUCACAUCCACCCUGCGUGGCAUCCCAAGUGUUCUGUGUGCUAAGGCUGUUCCCAUGGAUGGCUCUGUGCCGGAACACGACGUCACAGAUGAGGCAGACCCUGCCGCCAAGUCAUACGACAGCACCCACAGACCCAGCGAUGCCAAACCCAGCUCUGUGACAGAUGGGAGUAAAAUCAGUGCCAAGAGCAUAGCGGGGACAUCCCAGGUCAGCUCCGUCAGGCAGGAAACUCGCAGUCAGACACUUGCUACCGUCUCAGAGAGUUCCAGGAGGUGCUCAAAAGGCAGUCAGUUUUCUCAAGGUGAAGGGUCAGAGAUUGAGGUCACAGAGAAGGAGACAGGCCUUGACCCUAACCUACUGGAAGACCCUGAACCACUACCUAAUCUUCCUAAACAUUCAAUUCCACAAAAGGAGGAUGAUGACCUUGGGGUGGCGACCCCUGACCUGGUAGUGAUGAAGGCAGAUGAAGGGCUGCUAAUGGUGGAAGGCGAGGGCUUCAUGGGGCAGUACUCUCCCCUGUCUCGCGCCAGCCUGGAGGAGAAACUAGCCAUGGACUCAGAGUUCCAGGAGGUGCUCAAGAGGCAAUCAGAGUUGAUGGGCGUGGCUAUGGAAGAGGUUGAGCAGUACUGUGAGUUCAACAAAUGGCUCAAUGAGAUCCACCAGUACUGCCACAAGUGGAACAACAUGUCUGUCAAGGAGUUCAAGGGUGCAGCCGCAUUUGCCAUAGAGCAAAAGCUGACUGAGUUACGCCAGUGGUCAGAAAAAGUGCGCAACUUUGACAAGAGCUUCGUCACAGAGAAUGGCCUGCUGUAUGUGGACUGCUCUGCGAUACAUGAAGGACUUCUACCCAGACUCGACGACGUGUACCAGGAACUCAUCACAUUUGUGUCGGACGAAGCUAGGAAUCUGGCCCGGUCAUUCUGUGAGGAGAUGGUUACUGUUAUUCAGAACAUGAAAGACAAGCGGUCUACAGUUGAUGCUUUCGCUGUGUUUGCCAAGAACUUCUCCCAGUACAAGAAGAAUACCAUCACGUACCAGCAGAGGGUGGAGUACAUCAAGUCUCUCUAUGAGGUCAUCCGGAUGAGUUACCGCCAGCUGUAUCCAGAGGAGGAGAAACUGGAGGAACAGGUGUGGGCUUCUUGGGAGGCAUUCCUCAUGGAGAUGCAGGAGGCAUCCGAGUUCGUCAACAUCCAGACUCCACUGAUGACACAGCAGCUGGAGGACACAUACCAGCGCCUGGAGAAAGCAGCAAAGGAGCUCUCUGAGGAAGCCACGAGCGGCAUCUUCCUGGAUCCAGACAACAACCCUAUGAAGAUACUCAGAGUUAUGAAAGGGAUCCGUGAGAAGUUCUUCUCAGUUCAGAGUCAGUUGAAGGAAGCGAGCAAGUGGCGAGAGGCAAUCUGUGGGGAGCCAUAUGACCUCAAGUUCCUCAACAAGAUGACAGUAGAGAUGGAUGUUCGACAGCAGCUUUGGAGAUACGUGGAAGUGUCCACCAGCUCUAUCAAGGAAUGGAAGCAGAUGCUCUUCAAGAAGAUGCAUAUCAAGAAGUCUCUGGAGAAGGUGAUGGAGUGGCAGUCGGCAGCAGCACAACUGAAACCCCACGUGCCUUACGGCGACCGCGUGCUGAGUACCUGGUUCACCACACUGCAGGAGUUCAAGAAGGAUCUGCCACUUCUCCACAGGCUCUCCAAUGAAGCUCUCAAGGAGCGCCACUGGAAGGCAAUCUUCCUGGGUAUGAAUGAGCCUUAUGACCCGACCCAGCAGUUCCUGGUGUCCGACCUUCUCUCCUACAGCCUUGUGGAGCAUGCAGAUCUCAUCCAGUCGGUCUUCUUGUCAGCCAUCAAUGAGUAUGACCUUGAACUUAAGUUUGGCAAGAUUCGAAAGUUCUGGGAAGCUAGAGAGUUCAAGCUUGCUAAGCACAUUCCUGACAGUCUCUUUGUGAAAGAGCCAACAAAGCGUACAUCCUCCCUGAGCAGACGUCACUCUAAGCUGGAGAGGUAUCGCCAGGAGAGGGCAGCACUUGCAGCUGGGACCCUACGGGGUCUGGACGUUGCAUCUGAUGACUUCUACACCCUUAUUGAGGUGGAGGAACUCAAAUACCAGCUGGAGGACAGUCGUAUCAGCCUGGAUGCCAUGGCCUGCUCUCCCUACCUGGGGGACAUGGAGGAAACUGUGACGCACUGGUGUCGUGCCCUCAGACAGGUGGAUGAGAUCACAGAUCUCUGGCUCACGUCACAGAGAAAGUGGUUGUAUCUGCUGAAGAUAUUUGAGAAGCCCGAACUGUAUCGGAAAUUCUCCGGACAGGCAACCAAGUUUGAAGAGCAAGUUCACAACCAGUUCAAGGACUGGAUGCGUGUGGUGUCCAAUGACUCCAGUGUCAUGUCUGUCGUGGGCAGGAAGUGGGGAGAGAAGGGGUACCGCUUCCUGCAGGGGAACAAUCUCCGCUCCAUGCUGCUGUCUCUCAUACACACACAGGAGGAGAUCUUGAAGGACAUCAAUGUCUAUAUUGAAAAGUCCCGUACUCAGUUCCCGCGGCUGUACUUCCUGAGUGACCAAGAGAUGGUGGACAUGUCUGGCAUCUCACGUAACCCCAAGGCACUGAUCCCCUAUGUCCGCAGGUGCUUCCCUGGGAUACAGAACCUCAUCUUCGCCCUACCCCCAGAGAUUACAUCACUCAACUCCACCCUGGACUUUGCCCUGAAUGCUGACAAGCUCCAGGUGGUGUCUGUGGUAGGCAACCUGGGAGAGGAGGUACCGCUCUAUGCUAAGCUGGACAGCUUCCCCCAGGCAACCAAGUGGCUGCGCAGUCUUGAGAACCUCAGUAAAAACACCAUGACUGUCAUGCUGCAGGCAUGUGUACAAGCCCGCAUGGAGGAAGGUUCACGACAACCAAUACAGAUCCUGGAAGAGUUAGCUCAGCUUAGCGACACUACUCCCCCACAGAGGGCGCUGCAGUCAGAAAUGAAGCAGACGUUCCGUCAUUGGUUGCUGCAGUUUCCAAUCCAGUGUGUCCUUGUGUCCGAGGCCAUUAUCUGGGAGCGGGGUGUGGCCCGCAUCCUUGAGAAGCCUGACCCUGAUGACCUGAAGCUGACAAGGUCAAACAUGUGCGCUAAGCUGGACCAGUACGUGGACAUUCUGAAGGAAACCUCCACCAAUGAGAAGCUGAGCCUGGAGAUGAGAGAGAGGCUGCAGUGUCUGCUGACGAGCCUCAUCAAGCAGACCCUACACCACAGGGACAUCACGGAUGGUCUGCUCCAGUGUGAGAUUCCCUCAGAAACUAGUUUUGACUGGCUGAAGUCUCUUCGCUACCGUAUGGACAUCCGUAAUGUUCUACGAGCCAAGACCGUGGUAACGGAGAUGCAGAACAGCGUGUCAGGUCGCGCCAGCAAGCCUGUCAACAGACGCUCUCUUGUCUCUGUCACAGCAGAGGAGCCCCCGAAGAUGACUCGCACGCGCACCACGGUGUCCACUGACUACCAGUUCAGUCCCUGCUACAUCCAGCAGCUGGGCCACAACUUCUACUACGACUACGAGUACCUGGGACCCCAGCACAGCCUGGUCCUCACCCCGCUCACUGAGCGAGCCUUCCUGUCACUCACACAGGCGACAAAGAACUUUCACUGUGGAGCACUGGUCGGCCCAGCAGGCUCCGGAAAAUCAGAGACAGUCAGGGAGCUAGCGAGGAUGCUUGGAAGGACGAUCUUCACUAUCAACUGUAAUGAGAAUCUGACACUAGCCAUGAUGCUCCAGUUGAUGACGGGGAUGGUCCAGUCGGGAUGCUGGGCUCUCUUUGACAACACUGACAGGCUCACCACAGGGUUGAUGUCAGUGACAGCCCAGCAGCUUGACUACCUCCGCACAGCAUUGAGGACGUUGGACCUCUCUAGUGAAAACCAGUACAAGAUCCGAGGACAACCCCGCUUUGACAAGCUGUUGAGUUUGAAAGUUGGAGCUGGGGACAAGGUGAUCCGACGCAACUCCCUGACCACCCUACACCCACUGCCGAGGGCGGAGACGUCACCACCCUUAGAGAGACAGAAGACAGUGCCACAUGGCUUCAAUGAGAAGGGCCUGGUCACUUACUUUGAAGACACCUGGAUCGCAGAGAGAGAAAGGAGACGGCGCCAUUCCAUCGAGAAGGAAGUGGAAAUCAAGGAAUCUCAGUUCUAUAAGUCCAAUAAGCCACCCCCUCUCUUUUAUGAGCAUGUGAAGAAGAAGAAGAAGUCUGCGCCAGACUACAAGCAGCUCAUCCAGGAACCAACCUACGUGCACAGGAUUGUGGGUAAUGUCAUGUUCAACGGCAAACUGAUCCCGGCCAGCGCCAACUACGGGUGCUUCAUGACACUGAGCCAACCGAAUGUGGGCACUACAGACAUCCCUGAGAACUUCCAGGCACUGAUGCGGCCUUGUGCUCUCGUCAUCCCAGACACUCAGCAGAUCAUAGAGGUCACUCUGUGUUGCCAUGGUUAUGAGGAGUUCAAGACCUGUGCUCAGAAGAUGAUGCUGUUCCUGAAGCUAAUGAAGAUUCAGUUGCCAAGACAGUUGGAGUACAACCUGUGUUUGAGGGAGGUGAAGAAGAUUCUGAUGGUUGCUGUUGCUAGGAUACGGGACAAGAAGUUCCUCCAUGAAGCCCCUGGACAAGAGUCAGAGAAUGACUGGAAGCCCAGUGCAGCGGAACAGGAUGUGAAGCUGGCAGAGGAACAUUCCAUUGUAUAUGCCAUUAGAGAAGUCGUUGAGUCUCGAAUACAGGAUGGAGAUGACCGAGCACAGUUUUAUGGCCUCCUGCGCGACGUGUUCCCGGUGACAGCCAGUGCCCAGAUGGAUGACACGUACAUGCCACAUGAACCAAAGCUGAUCAGUGCCAUCAGGGAACAGUUGAAGGAAGACAACAUGAAGGAGAAUGAAGAACUUAUCACCAAGAUCCUGCAGCUCCACACAGCCCUGGAGCUGAAGCAACCUGUGAUUCUCACUGGACAGGCUGGAAGCGGAAAGUCCACAUGUUCCACCAUGCUGGCCCGGGCCAUCAACUUCCUCAACUACAAGCUGUUUGCCCCUGACCACUCCAAGGAUGAGCUCACCACUGACAGAGAUCUCGUCUUCCAGUACAAGACCCAGAAGCUGCAGGAUGGUGAGGAGGUCGAUGAACUGGAAGAGGAAUUUCUCCAGAACAUUGAUGAGGAUCUCAAGCAGAAGAAGACCAAGGGUUCCCAUAAGAUGCGACUGCUUCAUAUGAACCUGUUGGCCACCAAAGAAAUCUUUGACGAUGUGAAGCGAGUCAACCAAGAGGAGAAGGAGAAGAUGAUGGACUGUGCCAAGUUCCCCAAAGUGGACCUCAUCCGCCUUCUCCCGACUGUCAUGCCGCCUAGUGAGAUGUUUGGACAUUUUGAGAAUGGCCUGUGGCAUGGGGGCAUCAUGUCCAAGAUUGCCAGUGACUCGUACGCCAUGUCGCUGGCUGUGCGAGCCUACAUCGAUGCCCAGAAGGUGGCGGAGAAGCGUAAUCGGCAUCAGACAGAGUUGCCGUCUGUUCUGCUGCGCUGGUUGGUGAUGGAUGGGGACCUGGAUGCUGUGUGGGCAGACGGACUCAAGACUCUACUGGACGAGGAACACAAACUGUCUGUGGCCAACGGAGAGCAGGUCAAGUUGAGAGACACAACUGCUUUCAUCUUCGAGAGCCCAAGCCUGGUAGAGGCAUCUCCUGGAGCGAUUGCUAGGUGCACAGUUGUUCAUUGUGCCCCUGUCACUGUGUCCUGGGAGGGUCUCAUACACCAGUGGAAGCAGACGGCCAAAACUAAAUGGGUUCUCACAUCAGCAUGCAUGAAAAUCCUUGAUGACCUUGUGAAGGAUGUGUUCCCACCCACUGUGAAGUUCCUGGCCAGUGAGUGCUGUCCUGCCCUGCUUACUGACGUCGGGGUGGAGAAGGUGCGAGCCAAUCAGGUGGUGCCCGGUGUCCAGGAAGUCACCAUGUUCCUCAACAUGCUGAAAGCGCUGUUUGACAAGAUGUUCCUCCGAGAAGAGCUGGACCGCCGCGUCCAGGCAGAACUAAAGGAAGAGGAUGAGCAACAGGGCGGCAGCAAGAGCUCACUAGGUGGCGCUCCAUCCCGGCAGAUGGCAAGUCGGAUGACCACCAGCUCCCACAUCGAGGUCCUCAUCCCUGGCUACACCACCAUCGUCAAGGGCAUGUUCGCCUUUGCCUACAUCUGGUCUUUUGGGGGAUCUCUGCAUGAUAGAUUCCGAGAACGAUUCAGCAAGUUUGCCCAUGAUGUGCUUUACCGAGCUUCCCACCCAAUCCGAUUGCCUGUGUGGGGUCAGGUGUUUGACUACUGUCUGGACGAGACAAGUGGGACCUUUACACGCUGGGGGCAGAGACAGCAGGAGAAGGUUCGGAGCCUGGGAGGGUUCGUCUUCACACCAGAGGUGGAUCGCUACAACUACCUCCUGGAGCUGUUCGUGUCGGCCCACCUCCCCGUCCUGCUGACUGGUGCUGCCGGAGUGGGCAAGACAGCACUCAUCAAGCACCUGGUUCUGCCGAAGCAGACGUCAACGACGGCCAUGAUGUCGCGUGGGAUGACGUCUGCCAUCUUCCAGGACAUGAUGGUGGACCACAUCGUGCAGCUGAAGAACAAGGCCAUGGAUGUUGUGGGGGCACCUGGGUCACUGCAGGCCGCGGACAGGCAGAGGCAUCUCUUCUUUGUAGAUGACCUCAACAUGGCACAGAGGAUAGGCUCCUACCAGCCCCCACUUGAGGUGCUGCGACAGAUCCUGACAACUGGCGGUGUGUACGACAGACAGAGACAGCGCUUCCAGGGCAUGGAGGAGGCGACAUUCGUGGCAGCCUGCACCACACCCUCAUCUCCCGGUACAGGUCUGGGACAUGCAUGUCAUGUGAUGUCAUCUCGAUUGACGCGACUGUUCAUCAACCUGUGCGUGUUUUGUCCAUCGAUGGAGAACCUAGUUACGAUCUACUCUCGGCAGUUACAGCCCUGGCUAGAGGAGUUCCCGACCUAUACUGUGGAGCACCACUAUGAGUUCGGACAGGCAAUGAUUGUUGGUCUGGUGGAGCUGUAUCAAUCAGUCCGAGACAAGCUUCGACCGACUCCUGCACAUGCCCACUACGUCUUCUCUCUUCACGACAUUUCGCGUGUCGUGCAGGGCAUCCUGCUUAUGUCACCCAGGUCACGGAUCAGGAAACUUCGCACCAAGAAGAAGGACAAGGAAGAAAGCAAGUCGAAGACUGCUGCAGGUCGGCAGACAUCAUUUGAUUCCAGCCAGUCGUACACUGUCAGCCAAAGCAGCCUGGCCGGUGGUGGACGGGGGGAACAGAUUGCCACACUCACCCCCGCUGCCCCCAUGAUGAAGGUCAUCACACAGCUCUGGUGUCAUGAAUGUUGUCGCACAUUUUCUGACAGACUUAUAUCAUCAGAGGACCAGCUGUGGUUCUCCAGGACCCUGGAGGAGGCGGUGGUGAAGCACUUCUGUAGCCCCCGGGACAGCCCUGCCACUGAGAUGGCAGCCAUCACAGAGGAAACCCAGUCUCAGUUUGGGCGAUCUACUCCGACAAAAAGAGGUCCUCACUGCACACCUCCACCUGGAACGCCUUCUGACAUUGAUGAUGACCUUGACCCCUAUGACGAUGAGUCUGGAGAUAAGGUGAUGAUGGGUGUGGACAACACUGGGGAAGAUGGGAUAUCAAUGACCAGCAUGAGCCUAGGCAGUCAGGUGCAGCAGCAGUCAUCCUCCGAGUCACCAUCACGAGGAUACCAAGGUCAAGGCCAGUCGUCCGAGUCCCCCCAGACGGACUCUACCAGCCAGACAAACUCCUCUGCGCGUGACACAUCCAUGGAUGUGACAACUGAACUCGAGACAACACAAACACACACAGAUGGUGGGGAGGUAACUGAGACAGAGACAGCAGGUGAGGUUGAUCACGGCAGCGCGGAGCAUGACGAGGUGACAGACGACUCCGACAACACGGAAGACAGCACUGAGGAGUCGGACAUGUCAGAUGAGACUAGCACAUAUGGCACGCCAUCAGAUGUUGGGGAACUGGUGUCGAAGGGCAAAGUUCCGGGUCUGAGACUGACAGCAGCUCAGCGACGGGCCAGCAGAGAGUCGUCCUUCACAUCAGCGCAGGACAGGCAGCAGCAGCCUCCAGAACUGGGUAGGAUCAGCCCGGAUCACGAGCACCCAGAUGGCCCUGCACCCCAGCCGGAAACAAGAAGUGAUCCCAUGGGACAGGUGACCUCCGGGAGGUCCAGCGUUGGCAGUGUGACAGGGGGCCGCACGCCAAGUCUCCGGAGGCAGGUGUCCCGGACUGGCAUCACCAAGAGAGGGGUCACCUUUAAGGCGGGGCUCAUUGCAGACAAGGAAUAUGAAGCAUUCUAUGGGGCUCUCAUGUCCCUGGAGGAGAUUAAGGGCGGCUGCAGCAACGUCACCGAUUUCAUCUUCAGCAAGUUCUUCAUGUCGUGUCACACAGAAGCUCAGGGCCAGCCUGUGGAGAAAGGGUAUAUGGAGAGUACAGAAGAGGGUCUGAGAGAGGCCCUGGCCACCUGUCUGGCGGAGUACAACACAGGAACUUGGCAGAGACUCGAGGUGGUGUUCUUCACUGAGGCCAUCAACCAUGCUGCCAGACUCAGCCGGAUACUGGCGCACCCUGGCGGCCACGGCCUACUGCUAGGCAUGAGCUACUGUACUGGGAGAGCCACACUGGCCAGACUGGCUGCCUACAUUGCACACUGCAAGGUGUACGAGCCGAAGCCCCAGACAGACCGGGGGUACAACCUGACCAUCGUGAGGGAGCACAUCAAGCGCUCCUGCCAGCACGCCGGGGUGGUGGGGAAACCUGCAGUGCUGCUGAUCCACGAGGAUCUGGGCACCGCCUGUCUCCAGGACAUCAGCACCCUCAUGGCAGAAGGAACAUCUCCGGGACUGUACUCAGAUGCUGAGGUUCAGAAGAUAGUCAGCCAGAUGAUGCCGGGGGGUGUACAGACCAAGAGGGUCGAUAAGAUUGAGCAGGCGUUUGAUCGCUACAUCAAGAGGAUCAAACAGAAUCUACACAUCAUUGUCUGUCUCAACUACAAGGGGAACAGCUACUCCACUGACUUCCACUCCCUGCAUGAGAAAGUGAACAGGUACCCGGGGCUCCUGAAGCACUGUGUCAGUAUCGACCUGUUCCUCCCCUGGUCCUACCAAGCCUUCACAACCGUCGCCUGGUCGUGGCUGGAGGACGAGAAAUCAAAGAUCGUCAUUCCAUGGAACCCAGCUCGACGCGAGGAGCAAAUUACAAUGGCAAGUAAUGCCAUGGCCUACAUCCACCUCUCGGCCAAGUCAGCGGUGGAAAGACACUUCUGUCACCAGAGGGAGCCACUCAGGUUCUACACGCCGCUCACCUUCAUGGAGUUUGUUCAUCUCUUCAAGGUUGUUGCAGCUUAUGUCGUCAAACGAGAGCGGGUGAAUAUUGUAAAGUAUGAGAAGGCCCUGGGGAAGAUAGACGAGGCGUUUGGCAGCAUCGCAGAGUACAAGCGUGAAGUGUCGGACCUCACACCACAACACAAGUUGUCUAUGGAGACCAUCCGUGAGUUGGUGGAGCAGGUGGAACAGCACAAGGAGGAAUACAUACAGUCCCUGGACAAGUGCAAGGAGCAGGAGGAGGAGAUCAUGUCACUGCAGGGCCCGCUGGAGACCAUGAGGAGGUCCGCACAGACAGAGUUUGACAAGGUGAACCCCAGCUACCAGGCGGCCCAGGCUGCUCUGUGUGCCCUCAGCAAGAAUGACAUUGAUGAACUCAAGAGUUAUCGGGAACCACCUGAUGUCAUCAAGUUUGUCAUCAACGCACUCUGCCUGCUCUUUAGGAAAAAACACGACUGGGAGGAGGGCAAGCUGCUGCUGAUCCGAGACAACUUCCUGCAGGAGCUCAUCUUUUAUGACAAGGACCAUGUCCCAGAUGACAUUUUCAAAGAUCUGCGCUUCUUCAUCGAGCACCCCUUGUUUGUGCCAGUAAAUGUGACAAAAGUGAGCAAAGCUGGUGAAUCCAUUUGCUUGUGGGUACAUGCUGUGUAUCGUUACUCGGCCAUUCAUCGCAGCAUGCAACCUCAUCUCCAUAACCUCCAUGUUGCUGAAGAGCGCUUUACAAAGGCCCAAGCUCGACUGGGCCAUCUGCGUGUGGAGGCCAACAGAAUCAAGUCAGGCCUGGAGAGGAAGAUCACGCUGCACAGAGCUGCCCUCAAGAAGGCCAAGACCAUCGAGAAACACAUCAUGGGUAUAGAGAAGAAGAUAGCCCGAGCCAGCAACCUGAUGGAGAACAUGUCUAUGCAGCACUUCCUGUGGCGAUCUGAGCUGAAGAAGGCAAAGCGACAUGUGCGCUCUGCUCCAGGGGAUGCCCUGAUUACUGCUGCCUGUGUGUGCUACCAUGGCCCCCUAGAUGACAAGUACCGCUCUGAGCUGAUGGAGGACUGGCUGAGUCGGUGUCGUCAGGGAACGUUUGAUGCCACAUCCUUCCAUGAUCGCGAUCCAUACUCUGUCACAGCACGUCUGGAGUUCCUUCUCCAGUCAAGUCACAACAUCCGCCAUGUCAGCAGUCUCAGCGACUUCUCAGACUCAGACAGCAUCAGCAGUGACAUCACUGCCACCUUCACUACAACACCACAGGUGCGGACGUUCAAAUACAUGCCAGCCGUGUAUGACAGUAGCAAGUACUACAAGUCAGAACUCAAGAAACAGGACACUAUGGAGUCUGUGGUUCCUAACAUUGAGUUUGAUGAUUCUGAUGAUGAGGAGGAACAGAGCCCCCUGUUGACCAGGUCCAGCUACACGCUGCAAGACAUCCUCAGUGACUUUGAUGAGUUGAGUGGGUGGCGAAUGACAAACCUGCCAACAGACCUGCACAGCGUGCAGAACGCCCUCCUCAUGAGGGUCAGUUGCUACAAGCGCAAGCACUGCUGGCCACUGCUGGUGGAUCCCGACAACCAGGCCGAGAUGUGGGUCAAGGUGCUGCAGAGGACCAGGAUGUUGUUCGGGGAGGCGGACUCGGUCGAGGGAGACAACUACAUGGAUGGUAUGCCCAUAGAAGCAGCAUUUGAGUCAGCUGCAGACACUUCAGAGGACUCCAGCGGACAGAUGGAGCCACCACCGAGUCGAGGGACAGCCUUGACCUUCUCUGAUGUCACAGAGUUCACACUACCUGACACGUCCACUGUCUACACAGCAAGGACUCAGAACAGUGCGGGAUGGCAGUCACACGGGACGGGCGACAGCGAGGAACUCCGCCCGGUCACCUCGGUCACCAACAGCUGGGAGACAUUCAGUCUACAGGCCGACAACUCCAUCGACCAUCCUGAACACAAUCUGUGGAUCAUCGAAGCGGAUGACCCUCACCUCAACAGUCGACUCAUCAAUGCUAUUGUGCAUGGCGUGACUGUGCUGGUGACCCACCUGGAGAGGAAGCCACUUGACCCUCUGUUCCGUGGACUGCUGCUCAAACACUUCUAUGUGGACAAGGAUGGCAACAAGGUGGUCCGUGUGGGCGACAUGAUCUUCAACUACCAUCCAAACUUCUGUCUGUAUCUCAGUACAACUGUUCCUCUUUUCCUGAAAGGGGAUGGCCUGCACAGCUUCCCAGUCCAUCGUCUGUGCUGCAUCAACAUGGCCGUCAGUGAUGAAGCCAUUAUCAAUCGUCUCUUGUUUGAGACCAUGAAGAUAGAACGCAAGGAGUAUGAAGGCCAGAAGCGCUCCAAUGAAAAUGACAUCAUUCUGCACAGACAGCAGCUGGCCAAGGAACAUGAAGCUAUACGAGAGAAGACAUUGAACCUAGAUGGCCCCCUGCUGGAAGACAAGACUAUGCUGGAUUCCCUCCUGGCCUGCCAGAGUAACGUGGAGAAGAACAGGAUCAUCCUGGAGGAAACCCGCUACAUGGGAGACCACCUGGAGGGCAAGUUUGCCGAGUACAUCCCGAUGAUGCGUCAGUCGACGAUGAUCUACAACACCCUGCAGAAGAUGAGCGUCCUCCACUCCUGCUACUACAUCCCCUUCUACAAGUUCGUGGACAUCUUCUCCUCGAUGAUCAGGAGCCGGGACCGCGGGAAGGGCAGUCACGGUGAUCCGAGAGUUCGAGCACUGGAGCUGUCAAAUGCGACGAUGUCUGAGAUAUUUCACCACGCAUCCAUGAUGAUGUUUGAGCAGCACUACAACCUGCUGUGCCUGCUGGUGUCUCUGGAGAGGAUGCUGCGGGCAAGGAAAGCCUCGAGCAAGGAGAUCAGUCUCUUCAUCAACGGAUUUGAAAAGUUUGGCUUGGAUGAACACAGUCUGGCUGCACAGAAACCAUCUUGGAUUGCUGAUAAGAGUUGGGUAGACUGCAAUGUCUUGGAAUCUCUGCAUCACCCAUUCCACGGCCUGUGUCACUCCCUCCUAGACAACCCCAGCCAGUGGGAGGAGUAUUUCACUCUGCCGAUCUCCCUGGUGAACCCUGUGCCGGGCCGCACACUACAGGAGCUCUCCCUCUUCCAGAAGUGUCUGCUGUGGAAGUUCUGUUGUCCCCACAGGAUAGCAGAGCUGUCGCGAGCUGUUGUUACGUACGAGCUGGGCAGCGUGGUGGGGUCUGCUGACCACUACAACAUCCGCGAUGUGUACAACCUCACCAAUCAGUUCACCCCCACUGUCUUCCUCCUGCCAACAACACCCAAGAUCCCCGAGUGGGAGGGCACAGGAGGUUACCCGUACGUCAGCCCAGCUCAUGAAGUCAAGCGUCUGGCACGGGAGGUGGGGAUGGAUGGCAAGCUGAGGGUGAUGAACUUCGGGGUGGAGUCCCAGAUAACAGAGGUGAAGCAUGCCAUUGAAGACUGCCUCCAAUCCGGGUACUGGCUGCUGCUGCAGAACUACCACCUGGCUGGUGACCCUGACUCACACUUCUUCUCUCUCCUCAAGGACAUCAUCUACAGUAAGUGGAUUGCCGAGGACAGACAGCGGGAGAACACAGACAUCAGUGAUGAAGGUCGCAGUCUGAUAGCAAGAUCAAGGCCAUCCACUCAGAUACAUGACCAGAAAAUACACCCGCAAUUCCGCUUAUGGAUCACAACUCUGGCAGACGGCCCACGUGUCAUACCUGGGGUUCUGAUCCAGCAUGGGUUGAGGGUGACGUGUGAGGCCAAGGCCAAUUUCCGCAGUUGUCUCCAGAAGUCAUACAGAUCUGUUGCCUUCCUUCUGAAGCACUGGCACCGAGCUGAGGACGAUGCUGAAGAGAAGUUUGGACGGACAAUGCCGCUUGCCCUUAUGCACUCGUUGUUGUUACAACACAGUUACUAUGGCAACCAUGCAUUUGUCAACCAUCACAGUUGGAACCUUAUGGACCUAGCCAUGGCGGUGGACAUCUUCAAGAGGCUGGUUCAUCGCACCAGCAGCUCCGCCCAUGCCAAGGAUCUGAUUGGUCGAGUGUAUUCCGAUCACUGUACCGAUAUGUGUGAUUCCCAACUUGUACAAGAGCUGGUCUCUUGUCUUGCCAAAUAUGCCAGUGAUGGGAAGCGGGCAGAGAAGGAGACAGCCAAUGGGAAGGGCGUUGUGUCACUGCUACACAAGCUCCUGGCCAGUAGAGAUGACCCACCCAGUCUCAAGAAGGCUCUGGAUGCCAUCGAGGACCACUCAGCCCGGACAUUCAGUCUCAGUCACGCAGCAGAGCAGCAUCUCCUCGCUGGCAAGAGCAGGAUCAUAGGGAAGGACAUGGUGCAGGCGACCGGGGCCCCCGAGCUGCUCCUGCAGGUGCUCCACCCCCCCAAGUCCACCACCGUGUCCACCGACCCUCUCAUCCCACAGCUCAUUGCCCUCACACAGAACUGUCCCACCCUCCCAGAGACCAGCAGGGAGCAGAUCUACCCCAUAGACAUAUUCCUACACUAUGAGAUUACAGGCUUCCGGGAUCUGGUCUCCCAAGUCCAGUCGGACCUCAAUCUGUUGCUGAAGAAAGCUCGAGGCGAGGUGGCCUUGACAGAACAAGUCACACAGUUGUUUGAUGAUGUCUGUAACGAUCGGGUACCUUCUGCCUGGCUGAAGGAAACCUUCCCAUCAUGCUCCAGUCUGAAGCAGUGGCUGCGGGAGCUUCCUGUGCGGAUGGCAGGUGUAGUGGCGUAUCUGAAGAAGACUCCUGCAAUGUGCAACCUGUCUCACUUCCUGCGUCCAGACCGAUUCCUUGAUGCGGUCCUACAGACUUAUGCCAGGAAGCAGUUCAAAGAUAUCAACAAGUUCCACCUUCAAGUUCAGGUAAUGCCAAGUGGGUUGUGUCCGUCUGCACCUCCACCAGCAGGGGUGUUCAUCACCUGCCUCCAGCUGUGCAAUGCCUCCUGGGACGGUACCCGAGCAGCCAUUAUGGAGCCUAUACCUGGUGGUCCGGAGACUCAGCAGCUUCCACCAGUUUGGUUCAAGCCAAUCGAAACAAAUGUGCAGACAUCAGAUUCCCAAAGUACCAUGUUUCCAUGUCCUCUGUUCCUCUCUUCGAACCCAGAACUACAUGGUCACAGCAGUGUGGUGCAUCAUGUCAGCCUACCCACAGUGGAGGAACAAGGAUUGUGGAUUCAGAAGCGUGUGUACAUGCUGUCUCACACAUGAUAGAGACAAAACUUCAUGUCAGCUGUAAAACAACUGUCAAAACACUUUGAUGCACUGUUAUUUUGUCAGUUCUUAACAUUUCUGCUGUCCGUCCAACCUUAUUUCCAUCUAUUGAAAUUAUAUAUUGAAUAUAUUAUACAAGUAUGCAGAAAAAUGGUGGUACAUAGAAAUCAAUAUCAUGCCUUGCACUGAUAAAUAUCAAACCGCUGAGUAUUUGUACUCUACUUUUAUUAAUGAUAUCAUAAGCAGCCUUUAUACUGAACAAAGAAAAGUUAGGGGUCAUUAAUAUUUUUAUGGAAGUGUGUACAAUUACCACACACAAUAUCCCCAAAAAUAUUCAUGAUACCAACCUUUUCUUGUUCAGUUUAUUUUUACGUGUACAAGUCGUGUUUCAAAACAUCAUUUAGAAGUAUUACCUAAUGCAUUUCAGCGAUAGAAGCUAACAUGUUUAGUCCACAAGUCAUCAAAAUGACACCUUAUAGCAAUACCCUUUAAAUUGGCCAAUUUCUACUAGUCCUUAUGAUAACUAUCGGGCAGUUUGGCAUGGACUAUAUGACUAGUGCCAACCAAUUACUAUUGCUGCAUUUUUAUAUCAAUAAUACAAAACCAGGUCCAAAAGCGUUACCCAAAGGUUAUAGUCAUUUCUGUUUUUUUCUUCUGCAGCAGAGCAGAUGUGAACAUAUUUUACUAUGUUCAUAAAGUCACGUGCAUACUGAAUAUAAUAGCAUACCUGUGAUAUUGAGGCUUAAAGUGAAGUCAUAUUACAAUUGUUUGAUUUUAUUCCUUUUGUGAAACUGCUGAUUGCUUUUCAGCAUUGUAUAUCAGUGUGAAUACCAGUUUGUAAAUAUCAAAUAAACAAUAACAUAAUA